AUGAAUGUGGCUUUAAUCCACGAGAAACUGUUCAUUCAGUCAUUCUGGGAACAGAGGAUUGACAAGCACUCCAAAGUCUCUGGGACUGAGGAUGGCAGAAUGAAGAAGAGCGCCCUUUCAAAGCUGAGAGACGAAUGGGUCAGGAGACUGGAAAGCCGAACCAAACAUCUGAAGACCUUCGACGACGAACUGCUGAAGAGGAACCUAGAGGAACGAAAGCAGAGGGGGAACAAGAAACAGAAGGAGGAGAACGAAACGAAACACGACACGGAGACUGAAGAGGGCCAGGAGACGGAGGAUGGAGAGGAGAUGGAGCAGAGUGGAGAGAUGGAACAAAAUGAGAAUUCUGAAGAGCAGGAGGUGACUGAGGAAGCAGUGGAGAAUGUGGGGACAGAGGGGACAGAGGAAGCAGUGGGGACAGAGGUGACAGAGGGGACAGAUGUGACAGUGGGGACAGAUGUGACAGAUGUGACAGUGGGGACAGAUGUGACUGAGGAAGCAGUGGAGAAUGUAGGGACAGAGGUGACAGAGGUGACAGAUGUGACAGAUGUGACAGAGGUGACAGAGGGGACAGUGGUGACAGAGGGGACAGUGGGGACAGUGGAGAAUGUGGGGACUGGGACAAAAAAAAUGGAGGAGAAUGUUGGGAUUCCUGAGAACGCUGAGGCAGACUCAGAGAUGCAGCCCGAAAAGCCAGAAAUGGUGAUGGAGCCGACGGAGCAGGAAUGA